GGACACGUCAUAUUUUUAAUUAUAAAUAAAAUAAAAAAACACUUCAGCUAUAUUUAAAUUAUAAAGAAACACUCAAAACAACUUUAAAACAUUAAAAACCACAAAAGGAACAAUAUUGACGUAUGUCAGAUUCUAGGAGAUUUCAAGUGGCGUACAUACGAACUACCGGUAUACUACCGUGACGUCAUAAGGGCGCCAAAAUGGAAAUACUUGAAAAUAAGUUGAAUUCUAACGAUCCCAUCGUGGUGGCUAAAGUAAUUUCGAGUGUGGUGAAAAAUAUUGCUGCCAAGCAGAAAAGCAAGACUGAAAAUGUGCCUGAGUUGAAGUUUUUGAAUGAUAAAUGCAUCAACAAUGAUCCACUCAUCAGCGAAGUAGCUUGCAGUGGUAUUUUGUAUUUAGUUGAGGCUGAUGUUUUGGAUGUUGAAACUGUUUUACAUGAUUUUGCAACGAAAAUAUCCUCCGUAAAGUGUUUUUCUGGGGUCGCACAUUUAUUAGGGGAGUUAUUAUGUCUGGAACUAUGUAAAAACUUGGAGAAAAACAACAAAAUUUGUCAGUAUAACUUAAGAUUUCCUCAGCAUCCAUUUGUAACUUUAUUACACGAACAUGUCUCAAGUUGGACUAGUAUUUAUGAUGAAAUAAAUUUAAUUUAUAGCAGAGAUGAGAAAAAUAUUGUUAAAUAUAGAGACAAAUUAUUUUGGCCUAUAUUCUUGCACUCAAUAUGUGAUCCUGGAGAAUCAGGAAUUGAUGUUUUGAAAGAAAAAUUAUGGAGAUUUUUGAUAAAUAAUUAUACAGGAAAGGAAUUGUUUUUGGACAUAAUAACAUGGUUACCAAUUGAGUCAAAAGCCAACAUAGUUUUAAUGAAUGAAUUUAUAUUAGAAUCUUUACAAUCAGUAAAAAACACAGAUUUAUUAAAAAUUCUCAUUCUAUGGCAAGUUUCAGCUCUUUAUUACUUAAUACUGCACAAAAGGAACCCAAGAAAUAUACUUGAGAAACUAAAAUCAAUAAUUUUAAAAGAAGAAUAUCAAAAUAUUGCCAAUCCAACCAUAUACAUUCUUACAAAAAUUAUACGAGUAUGUUCUUCAGUUUAUUUAGAAUGUUUGUUAAAUUUUACUAAAGAUUUAUUAAAUUAUUUUACAUGUGAUAAAUACUCACUUAAUGCUUUAAGAUCGUCAUUAAUUCAUUUAAUAGCAAAUACUUCACUGUUAAAUAAUAAAUCAGUUGAUACAGCUAAAAAUAUAUAUUCUUAUAUUGAGAAUAACAAUAAUAAAAUAUGCGAAUUUACUCGCGAUUUUUUUGCUAGUAAUGCAAAAUUAAUUGUGAGUAAUAGCGAGGUUUAUUUAUCCGUUAAAUUAACAGAGUUAUCCAGUGAGAUAAACCUGGAUAAAUUUGUGGUUUCAUUGGAAAAUACACCUCUAUAUUUUAACAAAAGUAUAAUACACUUUCUCUAUGGUGUAUUUGUACAAAAUAAUCCGGCUGAAGUAGAAGAAAAGUUGCUUGAAAUUAUUAUAAAAACCGCUGAGUUUGCGAUGGAAAUAUCACCGGAAAUAUUAUCAGUGGUUCUGUAUAAGUUAUCAAAGACAAAACACCCCAUGUUGCAUAAAAAGUUGCUAGAAUCGCUACCAAAAUUACUUAUCUAUAAAGAAAAUUACCAUAAGGUUGUAGCUACCAUACAAGUACUCAGUAAAGGGGCAACUAGGCUGCAAAAUAUAAGCGCACUGUUAAUGUUUGAAAUCUGGAAAAUCGACGAUCGUUCUUACACUAACUUGGAAAAUAUUCUACUCCUGGAAACACCCAGUGAAGAUAUACUAGAAUUUUUGUCCACAAAAGCCUUUAUUCUCAAAGAAAUUUGCAAAAUUAAACCGGAAAAGUAUGGCAAAGAAAUUGUCCCGCAUUUAUCAAACAUCCUCAAUAAGCACAGUGGCGAAAAUGGGGAUUUACCGUGCUCUCUAGCCAUUGAGGGGAUAACCCAUUUAUGCAAGGCUGAAGUAAUUGAUGCUGUAACCACAUGGGCUAAUAUUUACCCCAAAUUUAAAGGUGAUAUGCGGAUACCAAUCAUAAAUAGUUUUUGUAACUUCAUCCACGAAAUACCUCACCUACCAUAUGCUGACCAUUACCCUCAACUUAUUGAAGAAGUAGUUGGUACAUUGUGGCAUUACGUUAUAUUAACAGACAAUACAAAAAUAAUAAAGGUCGCACUAAAUGGACUUACGUCUUUUACUCUGGAACAAAUUUCAAUGAAAAUACCGGACGAUUUUUUGGACGCAGAUACACUGGAAAGCAAAGAAAGUGCUCCAAGUGGAACCCCAUUUACAAUUCCAGGAAAAACUUGGGUUCAUUUUUUAAAGAAAGUCGACGAAAAAAACUUAACAGUUUUUGGCGAUUUUCUCAUAAAAAUGAUUUCAAUUGAAAUUGAUAAUUACUUAAAAUACGUAUACCAAGUAAAGGGAAAUAACGAACCAAUAAAUUUUAACGGGUUACCAUUGUUCAGCAUUGUUAGAGGCAUAGGGGAAUAUCUCAAACAAUGGUUGUCAAAGUGGAAAGACUUGAGCACGUCAAUAAUUUAUAUAGAAUGUUUAAGGAUUUUCAGUCAAGAAUACAUUAAACCCUUUCCGCCAUAUAACUGGAACUUUUUGCUGGAACUCAUAGAUGACCCCAGGGUUAGAAAUUAUUGCAUUGAUAUAGCUUGUCAUCAAGUUAUUUUAUCAGGUUCUGCGAGACAAAUAAUCGAGAAUUUGGUUGGAACUUGUAAAAAUAAAGAUGACAUGCUUUGUAUUUACAAAAACCUUAGGCAUUUGGCGAAUAGUUUGCAGCCUUUAACUUUAAAGCCUUUCUUUGAAACUUCAAUAAAAUUUGGCAUUUCUCUUGAAAAAGAAGAUUCAAUUUUUUUGGGUACAAUUCUUGAACAUCUUAAAGAAGUUUUGGCUGAUAAGGGUAUACAAGAUAUUAACAAAACUACAAUUUCUGAGGUUCUUGUUGAUAUUUUUUAUAAUACUGAAAAAUCAUCAAAGUUUUUUGUAAUUUUUAUGGAUUUUGCUCCAGUUUUGCCUGAUAAAUUUAUAGAAAAUCUUACUUCGUUAAAAUGUUCGCAAGUGACACAAGAGUGGUUUGAAAAAUCUGUAGCAAUAAGGUGUAAAAUAGCUGAAACAAAUAGAAAUAGUGGAUCUCCUAUGGACUUACUAGAAGAAAUCCUAGAUGUUGUUUGUGGAAACAACCUAAAAAAUGCAACAGAUUUGACUUUUACCCAUUUUAAACAAGUUUUCCAUAAACAAAUUCAUAAUACAGACUGCGCCUUAUGGCUUUUGGAUUUAAUAGGAAAAAUAGGGCGAAAAAUAGUGGCGAAUCAAAGUGAAGAAAAACAUUUAGUUUAUUUGUUUGAUGUUUUUAUUUUGGCUGUUGUUAUUUUUUCUGGUCACUCUGUUUUUCUUGAUAAAGAAAAUGAUAUUUUUGAUUUGUUUCCACAAGCUUUUACAAGUCUGUUAUUGGUUGAUCAUUGGAGUAUUUGUGUUAACCAGGGGUUAGAGUGGUUAUACUAUAUUAACUCUGAAGAAUAUAUACCCAAAAAAUAUAGGGACAUUUUUGGCAUAACUUUACAAUGCUUUAGACACCAUAAUGAAUUCACAAAAAACCUUAAGUGGAUGAAAUGGAUGAAACUGGACUGUUAAACGUAAUUUUUUUUAACAAACAAAUAAAGAAUAUUUUUAAGUUUAAAUAUUUAUUUUAUUCCUUAAAUCUAUUUUGGUCCAAACUGUAUUAAGUCCACUUUUUUAAAACCAAAUUACACAUUUUCCAGCUAAACAGGAUUAAGUGCUGGCUUACUUAGUUCAAAGUUCAGAAAAAUGUAGACAACAAAUUUGUAAUUUGAUUUAAAAAAGUGGACUUAUACAGCUUGGCUCUUGGGUACACAUAAUAAAUAAGUGAUAAAAUGCAACACUCACAGCCUAACACCUAGGUCCACACACAAUAUUGCCUUAAACUGACGUUUCCGUAUUUUCUCUUUCUGGUACUGCAACUGUCAAAGUAGUUGGCCUUGAAUCAACCCUUUCAGAAACACUUAAUAUUUCUUCAGUUGGUAGACAUGGAGGUGGUGGAUUGGGGUGUAAUCUUGUUGGGUCCAAGAGAUUUUUGUUUUUUUCGUGUAUCUGCUGUUUUUUCUGCGGCGUACGAUUCGGCGAUGAUUUUCUGCUGUUAUAAGAUCUUAGGAGCUUUGCA